UUGCAGCUGUUCUUCAAGACAACAUCUGAGAAACAUGGAACAUUUACUCAACGAUAACCUUCUGAAGUAUUUUACCCAGUAUGCUUUAAUGGAGGGUAGCACCAGUGCACUGUCCAUUGGUGGGCUGAAAAAUCUACUUCAGAAUCAAUUUGCACAGUACCUGAAGGAUUCAUUCUCACUCGAUAACAUAAUUAAAUCGUUGGACAAAAAUAAUGAUGGAAGUGUCAGCUUUGAUGAGUUUGUGAUGCUUGUAAAAAAGAUAACUGGUACAGGACAGUAAGGCAUCUGCAAGAAUGAAUCUCUCUACUUUGAAAGAGAAGAGCCUGGCGUUCAUGUACAUUAUAUGUAGACCUAAACCCACAGAUUUGUUAUGAUUUUAAAACUUACAGAAUAAAGA